UCCCCAUUUUUGUACUGUGAACUCACUUUGCAGCAAUUGAAAUAAGUUGUGUCCAAAGGGGGGAAAUCAGGAAGGGGAGAGAUGAGCUGAAGGCCAAUGGAGGAACAAAGGGGAACAACAGACUCCCAGUAAGAUUUCCCUCCCUUAGCACAGAGAUUUUAUGCAAGUUUUUGGUCAUUAAUUGUGGUUGUUCUUCAGCAUACUAGCAGGUCUUGCUGGUUCCUUUUCACUGCUUUGAAUUCCAGUGGGAAUUCACUAAGCUAAACCAAAACAUGCCUCAUCUGAGUAGGCAAACAAGAAAAACUUCAUGACUACAGUCUCCAAGACGCUUCAGUGUGUAAUGGUAUGUGUCAACUCAGGCUCUUAUUGCAAACAUUAGUGCAACAAGUCGAGCACAAAAGGACAUGGAGAAACUCAGAAUGAACCUAUUUCUAGUAACUGGGAGACUACUUCUUUCCUUUGGGAUUCUAAGCUUCAUUUCUGGAACAAUUGCCUUCUUCCCUGUUUUUUCCUAUAAACCAUGGUUUGUUGGAUGGAGUGCACGCAUUGCUUCUCCCAUCUGGAAUGGAGCUUUGGCUGUUAUUGCAGGUGUACUUGUUAUUCUGGCUGAAAAACAGUGGACUCAGAGAUACCUGUGGGAAGCCAGCUUCACCUUUUGCCUCUUAAAUAUCAUCACUUCUCCAGUCCAAGGUAGCAUUGCUCUUGCCGCUCUUCUCCUUGGCCCUUAUUGCUAUUACUCUUUUGCUGGGAUUUCAGGUACAAAUUACAUGGGCUACGUCGUCCUUUUCCCUUUUCCUUAUGGCAAAUUUGCUGCUAUGUGCAAAGACCCACUGCACUAUGAAUGGUACCAUCUGGCACUGCAAAUCAUAGACCUUUGUUCAAGCUUCACCAUGCUCUGUGGAUCUUUGGCAACUGUGCUCAAACUCACAACAAGACUAUUCCAGUUUGGACACUUAAAUGGAAAAAGGAACUCUUUCUGAUAUGGAACCUCCAUUCAUCAGGGAAUAUUUUCAUAGGUCCUUGAACAUCCCAAUAUGUCCAGUUGUCCACACAUUUAGUUCAUAUUCUUCUGAUGAAAUAGACGUCAGUCUGUGAAAGCUUAUGCUAUUAACCAAAGAUACAAGAUCAUUUUGAACACAUUCUUGAAAUUAAAUGGCUUUUAGAAUCCUACAAUGUCUACUCACCUGUAGAUCCCAUUGAAUUCAGUAUAGUUUACUCCUCUGUAAAGAGAACUGCAGUAUAAAUGUUAAUUGUAAGGAUAUAAUUGUAGAAAACUAUCUGGGUCCAAGAUGGAAAGCUGAUUCAUUUGUCUAUAUAUCACAGGAGUUGUUAGCUGGUAUGGGCUUAGGAUCGGUUUUUCUGAACUAGUACUAGCUGCCAAGAUUAUUCAGGUCACUAUGAGAGAGUCUUCUGCAGAUGCCAUGUACGCCAAUGAUGCAAAUUGAAGCUAUCAGAGAAAAGUCUUCUCAGAAGUGGUCCCCAUCAGUGGAAGACCUUCUCAAGAAUGAUCUACCUGAUAUCCCCAUUACAAGCAUUUAGACACCAGGAUAAGAUCAUCAUUUUUUUGACAGGCAUAGUUUUUGAUAUUUGUUAUGAUCUUUUUAUUGUUUUUGGCUACCACUAAUUUUAAACAUAUUGUUGACAUCAUUUGCAUUGAUAUAGAUUUUUGUUAAAAUUGUGAUUUAGUUGAUUGUGUGUUUAUUUUGUAAACUAUUUCAUGGUGCCACUGGUUGAGUUGUAUAUUUUAAAUAAAUGUAUUUGCAUCACCAGUUGAAAAGUUGUCUUCUUAGAACCCACAGCAGUGGCCAAUAGCAGUAAUUACAUACUAUGUAGAGACAAAGUGAACUAUAUUGU